AUGGCCGAUCGCCUAUAUCAGAGGCGAUAUGGCGUCCAGGCUGCCCUGGACCCCGCUCCCUCCGCGGCGCCCACGCCGCAACCAGGCCACACCGACCAGGCGGCUGCUGAUACGCGAGCGGUCAUUACGUAUGCCUUCUGGGAAAUCCAGUGCUACUACAACUCGUCGAAAAGCUCCGCGAACGUGGCGCGGAGGUGGAGGCGGAGCAGCAGUAGCCGUGAUGAGCAGUCGUGCGAGAAGAAGAAGAAGAAGAAGAAGAAGAAGAAGAAGGAGGAGGAGGAAGACGACGACCAUGAGUCGCCGUUGCCGCCCGCGUCGCCGCGGCCGCGCCCGGCGCCUUUGCCUGCGGUGUUAUUGCCUCGGGGCGCGGCGGAUGGAGCCCGCCUUUCUGACGAGGCAGCCCCUCCACUACCGUUGACACAACAGCGGAAUACUGACUUAGGGUCACAAAGAGGACACUCAGUAGAGCUCUUUGCAAUUGAAGCUUUGGAUGGACACUGGGAAUUUCACCUUAAUACUCGACUGUAUCCCUUUGUAAUUGCGCUGAUUUAAUGAUUGUUGUUUCGUUUGUAUCAAGUUAACAAAAAAAGUGAUAGACUGGAAUGAAAAUUCAAACACGGGAAAUAAAAAAACCGAAAGGCAUUUUGUUUGGAAUUUGAAAUCUGGAGCAGUUCAAAUAACAGAUACAGAAUCUUCCUUGAUACUCAUGUAUUAUAGUAUUGUAUUAGUUAAAGGUUAAUUAAAACCAUUAAACCCCACUACGUUGUAUGCCAAGAAACACGAGAGGAAUUAUCUCUAAAACGACUGAAGUGCUGAGUUUCCCGUUAAUUAUCACAAUUCCUAUUAAGUAUUAAUUGUUGAAACAGAGAGUGAAUUAGGAGGUUACAUAUAAAUGUAGCUCCUUUAAAAAGACGUGAAUGGAUAUUAUUUGCUAUUCUUUUCUAUUCACUGACGAUUAAGCACGAUUUUUUGCAAGGUUCGGUAAUACAUACUGUACUCUAUUUUCUCUUUAAAAACAAUGUAACUAUGGAAGG